CCUUUGGAUCAUAUUAAUUCCGUCGCUUUGGAGUGAAUUGUUAUGAGGUACGUUGGCAGAGCUUAGUAAAAAUCUCAUGAUUUCUUUGUCAUUGCGAAAUAAUUAAAAAUAAUUUUAUUAAAAUUAGAAGCUGUAGGGUGUGAAUCUUAUGGCUUGCUAUUUGCCUGGUCUCCUUUAGGGCAUUAUCUCAGAGAGCUCUUGGUAAAAAAGUAGUAUAAAGCUUACAUUUUACCAGGUUAAUGUUUGUGUCAGGAAUGAACACGGCAAGCUUCUGUUUCGAAUAAUUAAUUUCGAGUCUGGAUCCGUUUAAGAAGACCAUCAUUUUAUUUAUUUAUGUAUUCUUCAGCUUUGAAAUAUUAUGAAACAUUAAGUUAAAACUCUUAACAGCCAAAGAUAAGAAAUACGAAAUUACUCGCUGAAAUGAUAUGUGGCCGGCUUUCCGAGUCUGCCGAGUAACAUGUUGAAAUUUUGAGCGUACUCCACUCGAUCGCUCCUGCAUUUAUACUAAAGAAUAGUUCUCAUUGAUGUCCUUCACCGAUAAAGAUCAGAGAAUAACGUCCUAGCAAACAAAAACCAAACAUAACUUCAUCGAAACCUCAGUCACCUCUUCUUUCCUGUCUUCCUUUUUUCCAUCUCGACUUGAACUCACUGUGUUUCAGUUCAACGGCAGACGUCUCUUGCGUUAACAAGUAGGCCAUAUAUCUGUCGCUUAUUUCUUUCUUUCUUGCCACCAAGAUUUGUAAAUAUUUCUGUUUCACCGAAUUGCAGUGAGCUGGCUUUCGUACUCGGUUUCAAAGUGAAGUUUGGGCCAACAUGUUUGCCCCUUUUCUCCGGCGAUCGUCCACUUGUCGAGCUUUUGAUGCUUCGGAAACCUACAAAAUCAUCCUGUUUCCUUGAAGAUAUACGCGUCCCUUUUGAUUGCAAACAGCAAAUCACUGCUAAACAUUAAAAGCAGAAGACAUCCCACGUAAUUGUAUUCAAAAAGAAGUCCGUACAAAGUUAUUUUAGGUGGAAUCCGUGCUAAACACUCUGCAAGUUCACUGAAAGUCUUCAUUUACAAUUUUUGUUUAUCCUCCAACGCCUCGCUUUCAUGACUAGGCACCAGUUUUUUCCCGUGUGUCCGCCAUUUGUGAAUACGGUGUAUUCAGUUCGUUCUUUAACCUAGCCAUUGACUGUGUGUUUAUCAGGUGACCUGAUUCCUCAUUAUUACUAUGUACCAAAAAUCUACCUGGAUGCUGAGAAGAAAGAGCCACACUCUCAAGUCCGACUACCCAGUGACGAAAAUGGUGACCUGUUUCUAUGGGGACAGUCCCUCUUGCUCAUCAUGCAGUUGUUAGGUAUAUAUGACAUCAUCAUAUGACGUCACGAUACAAUGACGUCAUCAUUUUUCGAAAUGAAAAAACUAUACAUUGAAUCUUGUGAUGUUUUAGUUCCAUCUCCUCUUAAGCUUUUAUACUUUCACGAACUUCAAAUUCAAUAGCGUUCUUCGUUAUCGAGUAGAAAACGUUUGAGUUUGCCUCACGCAUAGCCUGACGAGAAGAUGGAGAGAAGCGAAGGGGCCGCGAACGACCUCGGACGUCUGAGAAUCAGGCUACUUCACGCAACGUUUUCGUUCCAAAAAAUUGGAAUGUAGGUGUGCUGGGCUCUUGUUCUCGCAUGAUGAUUAAUCGCAGUUUUUUACAGUAAUAUCCGAGGACUGUAUGCAGCGAAAUAAUUUAAUAAAUGAUAAUUUUUCCUCGAGCCCGAAUGGGCUAUUAACUCCGAGGCCAUGAGGGCGAGGGUAAUAAUUGUUUUAGAAAAAUCCAACUAAUUGGUCAAAAAUAUCGAGAAUAAAAAAUUUUUAGCUAGUUAAAGCUAGAAUUUAAUCCUUUUUUGCCGCCAAAAAGCCCGCGCUUUUCGCUAGUAGGGGGCUAUAACAUAUAGCCUAGUAGUAGCUCAACCAAUCAGAACGCAGCAUUGAUAAUAGACCACUAGUUUGAUUAUACUAAUAAACAAUUAUUAAAUGAGAGUUUUGUUAUACACGGACUAAUCAAGGUCGAGGUAAGUGUUAUCAGCCGAGCCGUAGAUCGAGGCUGAUAACACUUACCUAGUCGAAUAAAUGUUUUACUAUACAUUGUUUAAAGAAAACAACACAUACUCAGCGUAGCACGGAAGUGAUUUGACUUUACCCUUGGUAAUCAUGCGUUGCGCGUACAACCUACAGUUAUCUGCUUUCAGACAACUAACUAAUCUGUUGGUUACGCGCGCUGAUUUCCAAAAUUUUUUAUUAACAGUAGCUUCGUAGCCAAUGAGAAGACAGACAGUGAAUAAUUAUAAUGUAUAAUAAUGACCAUAACUGGUUCGUCUAGGGACUGGUGUCAGGCACUUUAACAUCCCUGUCCUGUAAGGUACUCUUGGCUGAGCCAGGCUUCUCUUGUUAUUUGUAGAAGCAGGCCUUUUGGAUGUUAAUGAGAUUGAUCCUAUUGGACGACACUUAGCUCACUCCGCCAAAAACCGCUAUGGUUUCAGCAGUCACAGAUAUUCCUCUUUUAAGGUACAGCGGAAAUACGAAACGAAAGAAUGUCACAUGUAAAAGUAUCAGUGUAUCGCUGUUAAUUCAAUUACCGUAAAAUUCCGAAAAUAAGCCCCUCCAUGUAUAAGCCCCUCGAAAUGUAAGCUCCCCAAUCCAGUAACGCAAAAAACACUCCGUUAAAUCGCCCCUCCAAAUGUAAGCCCCCCGGGGGCUUGUAAUUGGAAAUUUGCCCUCAAAUGUAAAGUAAAACAACGCAAAAACGGUAAAUUUACUUCCAACUAUGAGACUAACCCAAUCGAUUUUGAAACGCAAAUUUCCCUCCGUAGAUAAACCCCUCCGAAUAAAUGCCCCUCCAAAAAUAAGCCCCUCAAAAAGGGGGCUUAUUUUCGGAAUUUUACGGUAUCACAUUACCGAUCUGUUGCUCGAAGUAGUAAUCGAGGACACCUUAUUAACUAUUUAGGUUUAUUGAUGUUAUUUAUGUUUUCCCUAACAUUUUAGGUUGCUGAUUCCGAUUUGGUAGUUCAAGUGUCACUUAUCUCAGAAAGCAGAAAGUAAGAACUUUCGAUCCGUUUUUGUUUAAACUUUGAGUAAGGUUCAUAUCUCGCCAUAUCUGAACCGUCUUAGAUAACUCUGAAUUGUAAGACAAAAAGGAUGAUUUGCAUGUUUUAGAACUGACCAUUAUGGUGUGUGAGGUCAAAAAGGGGAAGGGGGGGGGGUGAGAAUCUAACACUUUGUAACGGGCCCAGCGAAAUUCGACGGCAGUUCGCUAUUGUUUGCACUCUGAUGGGUCAUAAAAUGUUCGAAAUUGGAAUUUAACUAUUGGGGGCAGGCAAGUAGUUUCACUGCAGGUUUUGGAAUAUCUUUUUGCGUCAUUUCUAGGAGCCGCAACAGUGUAGACAAUGAAAAAUUGUCAUCGAAUAUUUACAGUAAUAGUCCAGUUUCGAGUUCGCUAUGACCGCUGAAUUAAAGAAGUGAAGACGCAUUUUUUACAGGCUUAUCCUCCAUCUGAAGUAAUAUAUUCACAAAUUCCAACGAGAAAAAGACCUGUUUAUUACUUUGUCUAUUGUGUAUAUUCAAAUUUUAAACACUUACUUGCCGGAAUUUCUGAAUAUUUUACUUUGCGUCGAGGCUAACCCUGUAUAAAUGUGCCGUUAAUGUUUGUAUUCUGCGGUAGUGUUUAAUUCGAAACUGGUCUAUUGUAUGUACGUUUGCCCACAGGCAGCCCAGACGUAGUAUGUGUCACUGAAUGAAUAUAUUAAUAUCCACAUGGACAAAUUAAUGCGAUGAGUCGUCGAAACUCCCAUGGACUAAAAUAGUCUAAAAGUCAAAAUAUAACAAAACAAAGCUAAGAUACCUUUAACUGAACGUAUCCUUGUCUUUCCUGGCCGGUUUAAGUGGCAUUUUGUUGAGUUUUGAAAUUGUAGGUACUAUCCACUAAAGAAGAAUUAAAGGCUGGCUACAAAACAAACAGACCAUCUCCACGCGCCUUCACACGAAGCGCUAUAAAUUCGAGAAUAAUUGACGAAUCCGCUCCAAAUAACCAUCGGCUAACCUGCAGGUAACGUGUGCUCCUGCUUCUGGCUCGCUUGCUCCACAAAACCCAUCGCAACUGCACAAUAAUUGCUCGCUCAUCAACAACCACUGUUGACCUUUACGCUUCGAUAUGACCGCAAACGACCAGGUUUAAUACGCGACGUGAAUAUUCAAGCUUAGCGACCGCCUUCGCGCAACAAUGCAGCACUUGCUAUGGGAGGGAUGGUACUACUGCUUCUAGGUCAAUCGACUGUCCGAAGGUUCGCUGCGUUAGUUUUGACCAGAAAACAUAAGGCGAUCGGGACCGUCCGUAAGUUUUCAACAGGGCAGCCCUGGUUUUCAAGUUCGAAUUCUUCUAACGUUCGCUGUCUGAGCUGCCGUCACAUUGUUCGUCCAGCCGCUUGCAUAGGUUCUUGACUCAGACCUAUUUGCUUAGAUUAGCAACGUCUUACUCCAUAAUAUGUUGUCCAAACUGGUGAAGGAGGACGAGAAUUUUCCGCCCAGGAAAAAGGCAAAUCCGGCCCCCGCUAUGCAGCUGAAUAGAAGAUACAGCUGAAGAUAUCGUAAAGUAAAAUUUAUUUGCGCGAUAUCUUUUUUUUAUUAUUAUCAUUAUUCUCAAAACUCAGGGGCACCCAACGAUGAUUUCCCCCUCAAAUGCAUUGAAAACACAUUUAAGGCUGUCCAGAGUACUUUUGAUCGAAAAAUGCUUUCUAAACAGCGCUUACAUAAAUUUCGUCAGGAGGGCUAAAAGCGAAGCUAAUGAUUUAUAGUUUGCUCAUACUAAAUAUAAAAUAUAUCGUGUAAUGCCAAGCGGAGAAGGCAACGAGACAGGGCCACCCAACGACUGUUUCCUCAAAUAAUUUCAAUUGAAAACACUUCUGUAGCUAUUCAUAAAGUACUUUUAGCUCUAUAGAAAUGCAUUCUAAGUGGCGCUAUAAAAUUUGCAUCUCAGGGUUCGGCCAUUCUAGAGGAACUUGAGUCUUUUCGAAAUUACGAGGAAUUCAGAAUUAUUUUCCCGAAAAUUUUAGAUGCAAUUUAACGUAUUACGAAGGAGAUAAUUUUUCAGAUACCUUCUUUCAUCACAUUUUUGAAUCCGAAAAUUUUAGGAUUCCAUUUUACUCUCUACGAAAAACAGUCUAACCCGGUGAGUGAAAUGUGAAAAAUUAAAAGUUGGAUGCCCUUGACCAGAACUGUGAAAAACAACAAUAGCUCUAAUUGCAGCACACUUUCUUGUACAUUUCCUUGCCGUUGAUUUGCAUGACUGCAACGUGAAACGUCCAGAAAACUUCCUGGUUUUCACUUUUUAUGGAGAAAAUGUGGUACAUGUUCUUGUUCACUUUUUCCACUGCCGCUCAUUUUUUUAGCUCCGCUAUAAGAUUCGAAUCUGUUCGGUGCUCCUUGGGCAAAUUGGAUCUUUUUUAACAUUACAAGGGCUUCAAUAUUAUUUUCCCGAUUGAUUGACCUGGAAGCAAUAGUACCAUCCCUCCCAUAGCAAGUGCUGCAUUGUUGCGCGAAGGCGGUCGCUAAGCUUGAAUAUUCACGUCGCGUAUUAAACCUGGUCGUUUGCGGUCAUAUCGAAGCGUAAAGGUCAACAGUGGUUGUUGAUGAGCGAGCAAUUAUUGUGCAGUUGCGAUGGGUUUUGUGGAGCAAGCGAGCCAGAAGCAGGAGCACACGUUACCUGCAGAUUAGCCGAUGGUUAUUUGGAGCGGAUUCGUCAAUUAUUCUCGAAUUUAUAGCGCUUCGUGUGAAGGCGCGUGGAGAUGGUCUGUUUGUUUUGUAGCCAGCCUUUAAUUCUUCUUUAGUGGAUAGUACCUACAAUUUCAAAACUCAACAAAAUGCCACUUAAACCGGCCAGGAAAGACAAGGACACGUUCAGUUGAAGGUAUCUUAGCUUUGUUUUGUUAUAUUUUGACUUUUAGACUAUUUUAGUCCAUGGGAGUUUCGACGACUCAUCGCAUUAAUUUGUCCAUGUGGAUAUUAACCUAUAUUCAUUCAGUGACACAUACUACGUCUGGGCCGCCUGUGGUUUGCCAUAAGUAACGGUCUUGCUGGACCUUUUACGUGUGUUUUCAUCCUCAGUAACUCUAAGUUAUACUAUUCACCCGCUUUGCUAUACUGUUGAUUUGCAGUCUACAAACUACCUUAGCAACAUUUGGUAUUGAGACACAAACCCCACAACAGAUUGAACCCAUACAGAUCUGGCCGCCUUCACUGCUGGUUCAGGUAACGUUCUUAACCUAUCCAUCAGACUGCGGGCCUAAAGUAGCUGGAGUAGCUAGCAUGCUUGAUGGUCAGCAUUUUGAUUAGACAAUCGACAGAGACGGGGUUCACGUGAGAAAUGUUUUUGGCGGAAAAUGGAACAAAGUUUGUUUGACCCUUUCGGCUUCUGGCGAAUGAAACAAGUCGCGAGUAGUGUGAACGCGACGGGUUAAGGUCACGUUGGCAAUUUCUAAAUUGCUCUUUGUUUUUUUUUUAGGCCUAUAAGCGUCUUGGCGUCAAUCGCAAACUCGGAUUAUCCGGGCGUCCACCGAGACCAAUAGGAACUCUGGGAACUAGCAAGGUAAAAUGGUUGUUGCGGUUUGUUUUUCCAUUCAAAGAGAUUUCGAAGUUAUGAAUUUCAAACGAAUUUCGGUGAAUUUUGUUGCAGAUAUACCGGAUCUUAGGAAGAACAGUUGUUACUUAUCCAAAACUUCUCGACGAGAACGACUUUUACAUGGCUUUGGAUAUGGCUCUGCUUAUCGACGAAAUAAAGGUAAAGAAGUAAUUUUAUACCUCUAAUAAUAAUAAUAAUGAAUUCUGAAUUUUUUAAUAAUGAAAAUAACCUUGUAUUGAUGACAAUGCUAACUAUUAAAACCUAUUUACAAUUAAUUUCGCUGAAAAAAAAAACUAUUCGCCCAAAGUACUAUUUACAAAUCAUGUCAUGUAGGCUCCUGUUCAUUUGGAUUAAAAAAAAUUCAUUUCAAUUAAAAAACAAUAGUAAUAAUAAUAAUAAAGAACGUAUUUCAUUGAUAACAUACUAACUAUUAAAAUCCUUUAUACAAUUAAGUCACUUUAAAAAAAAAACUAUUUCGUCAAAAUACUAUUUACAAUUCCUUUCGUUUAAAAAAAACACUUAGUUUUGUUUAGAAAAAAAAACUUCAUUUCAUAAAACAAAAAUUAUUCAAAUUAAGAACACUUCAUUUCAAUUAAAACAAUUCAUUUCGAACAAAAAAAAGAAGAAACUAUUUUCAAGUUCAAUUGCAUUCUUACGAAGAUAAUGAUGAUAAUAGAAACUGUGCCUGUAGUUAUUGGAGCACUUGGCCUAGUUAAUAAGGGCCUAGGAAAGUACGUGGAAAAAAUCCCUGGAAACAUGUAUGUCGAGGAACUCCAAUUAAAUAAUGACUCCCCUCCAGCCGCUCCCAAGGAAACUUGUUGCUUCUCUGAACCCUGGACAGUACAAACUGUGAAAGAAGAAAAAGAUAACAAUAAUAAUAAUAUUUUAGUGAUAACUUUAUCGGCAACAAAAUUAGCUAUUAAAACCUAUUUACAAUUCAUGAUAAUGGUAGUUUUAUAAUAAUAAUAAUAAUAAUAAUAAUAAUAAUAAUAAUAAUAUUAAUAUUAAUAAUAAUAAUGAUAAUGAUAGUAAUUUCAAUAUAGGAAUGGAACCUUAGAUCACUCAUAAUGUUCAUUUUAAGAGUGUAAAACCGUCAAGAGAUCUUUCGAAGCUUAUUUGUCACUUUUCUUAUCGUAGACAAAUUUAGCCUUCACACGAAACAAUUGGAAUAUGAAAGGACGCCCUACAUUAUGCCUCUUGCUGAGAGAAAAAAAUCUACGGUAAGUGGUCAAUAGAAUAUAUCUAAAGGGCGGGAAGGGAGGGUUACUUUUUUAAAUUUGAAGGAAAGUAUCCUGCCGGGGCUCUGGAACACUUGUUUUUUACCAGUGUUCAACUGUAUCUAUGGAAUCCCUGUUGUAGACUGGACAUAAACAAAUCCUCAGCCCAUCCCUGUCUCUAGCAGAUUCGAGAGCGAUUCGAGAGCACUUGGAGCGAUUUUGGUUCCACGCUAGGUAUCAUGGGAAAGGUGCUCACCCUUCACUGCAUUCUUUGCGUCAACGUUAAACUUACCCAUAGUCCAUUGCGCGAUACUCAUUAAUUGUUCGCGUUAAGUCGCAUUUUCCGUUGUCUAAACACUUGAGACGCCAAGGAACGAGGCAGGCCCAAUCUCAGACGUCUACUCGACGUUUGAUCAGUUUCGUAAUAUUCGUUUCCCUUUUACGGAACAAAAUCUCUGAUUUCUAAACCCUAUUGUCUACUCAAUCUUUCGAAAAAACUGCGCCUAUUAUUGCGGCUGUGCAAGUGGUUGUCCUAUAUUUGAGAGUAUGUAAUAUAUAGAUUUAGCCAGAGCUAUAUGCGUUUUACUUUUGCGUCGGACAAUAGACUUUAAACAUUGCAAGGUAAUCCAAAAAUUCAUACUUAACUUCAGGGGAGAAAAAAAACAUAAACUUGAGCCUGCGAUCAAUCAUGGACUCAAAUUUUGCGGAACUGUGGCGUGUUGUGUAAGGGAGAGAGAUUAGGAUACGAAAGGUCCGGCUUCGUGGUCCGGGUUCGACCCUGGGUGACGGUCUUCUUUCUUUUUAAUAGAAAUACUCUCAAUAACAGGUCAGAAGUCUUAAAAGAAUGGCAGCGAAAGUUUACGAAAGGGAAAUUUGCAGCGUCACCCUCGCUUCCCUGGGUUAUCGUUAUCUUUAAGAUAACUUGUGAAUCAAUACUCAUAAGACUGAUGUUUUACUUUAUUUCCAGAGGCAAGCAGUUUCACGAGGCGCUUGAGAUGUUGGCAGCAUUCAAGCGAGGACUUUGUGGGGGAGUGAAAAUCAAACUUGGACGACUUCAGGUGUGAAUGCUGCUUCUGUUUUCUUUGUAGUCAUCAUGUUUUCCUACCCAAUUUAAAACGUGUUUUGAUUUUUUAGUCUUACUGUAAAUCCAUACGUACUGUACUGUGAUAAACGUCAAGUGGAUUGAAACUUCAGGUACCGUGGAACCUCGAUUUAACGAAGCUCUAUAUAACAAAGUUCUCGGCGUAAGAAACGAUUUUCUUCAGCCCGGCUAAAAUUACAGUAAAAUGUAUGGAACAUAACCUCGAUUAAACGAAAUCCUCGUUAUAACGAACACAAACCACAACCGCAAACGUACAAUUAACAUCGAUAUAACGAAUAAAUGUUACUAUGUGAUAAAACAUGAAUGCCAAUCAGACCACCGAGGAUAAAAUUUAUGUGUAUGAGUUUCUAGUGCCGUAGCUAUGUAUAGCUCGGUACUGAAAUGUUGUUACAGUAAUUUUUCAGAUCCGCAAAUGCCAGGUUUUGUAACUUAAUUAUUAACUUUACCUCGAUAUAAUGAACAUUUUGGUAGUUUUUCCGAAAAUUCGUUAAAUGGAGGUAUUGGAUAUAACGAACCCUCGAUAUAACGAACAAAUUGCCCUAGUCCUUUGGCACUUCGUGAAAUCAAGGUUCCACUGUUUCAUGUUUUUCCACCCACUUCAAGACAGGUUUUGAAUUUGUUAGUGUUAUUGUAAACCCAUACGUACUGUACUGUGAAGAACCUCAAGCGGAUUGAAACUCCAGGUACUCAAUUAUAAUCUACAAGUCCAUAACCGACGCGCUUGAUCAGCUCUCUUCCUUGGGUUUAGUAUACCAUUUCAUUUUUUAGUAGAUAAUUAAGUUAUUCAUUUUCUUGUCUUGCCCCGCCAUGACUACUUUUCCAACUCUUUUCGGGGCAAACUAUCCAACUCCUGUAUACAAAGAAUAAAGUUGUUGUUGUUGUUGUUCCAUACUUGCCGGUUUCGUUAUUUUUUUCUUUUUUCACUUUUUGGUAAUUUGCCUUUUUUUUUUUCGGAAAGAAAAAACCUACUCCCUAAAUCCAUUUAUAGAGCGGUUUUCACUUGACUGUCGAAAGUAAUUGAGGAAUUGGUUUGGUUUUGGUUUUGGUUCGUCUUUCUGAUUGGCUCUUUAAAAUAGCUCUACCAAUCAGCGAGGAGGCAUUGUUUUCUUAGCCAAUCAAAUUCGCAAGUAAACGCAAAUCGUGUUUUGGUUUUGGUUUUACUACGCCCUUUGGUUGGCUAGUGUAUUUACUUUGGUUUUGGUUUUACGACAAUCAAGUGAAAACUGCUCUAUCUUGAUUCCAUUAGUAUGUUUCUUUCUUUCUUCUUUGUUUUUUUUUCUAACGCAGACUUUGAUAUCAACGGCAGUUAUAGAUCAUUUGGACUUCCUUCAAACAGACCGCUAUUUCAGGUAUUUUUCUUUGUUGAAUGUAAUUAUUUUUGUUAAUGUUGUUGUUGUUUGUCUUUUUUUACCACAUGACAAUAGCCUUAUGGCAGGCGAUCAAAAAGGAGGGUGAAAGGGGAAAAUCACAGGGCGUGCCGUUUCUGUUUUCGCGCAGGAGCCUGCCGCAUUUUCUUCGUGAAGAUACAAACGGUGAUAUUAAGGCUAUGAUUACACUUUUGCGGAUAGCUCUAACCCUCUAGCACAGCUACGAAAACCAUACCAGAAAGAUCUUCCGUUCACACAUAAAAACGGUGAUUUGGGGGCGAUUUUUGUAACGAAGCAAAGCUGCGCCGCGCCGAUCUCGAAAGUCGAGCGUCACAUAGUGGAUAGGUUUCUGCCACGUUUCGUCGUUGUGUGAACAGGCAUUCGGACCGUAGCGAAAGUAGUCCCCUUGUGUCCCUUGUGUCCCCUGUAUCCCCUUGUGUCCCCUGUGUCCCCUUGUAUCCCCUUGUGUCCCUCGUGUCCCCCGUAUCCCCUGUGUCGCUUUGUGCCCCCUCGUGUCCCCUGUGUCCCCUUGUGCCCCUCGUGUCCCCUUGUGUCCUCCAUGUCCCCUGUGUCCCCUUGUGUCCCCUUGUGUCCCCUUGUGUCUCCUGUGUCCCCUUGUGUCCCUUGUGUCCCCUCUGUCCCCCUGUGCCCCUUGUGUCCCCUUGUGUCCCCCGUGUCCCCUUGUGUCCAUUGUGUCCUUCGUGUCCCCUGUGUUUCCUUGUGUCCCUUUGUAUCCCUUGUGUCCCCUGUGUUCUCUUGUGUCCUGUUGUUUCCCCUGUUUUCUCUUGUGUCCCCUGUGUCCCUGUCUCCCGCGUGUCCCUCGUGAGAAGGGAAAAGGACUGGAACUUACUAAUGCGGAAGUAUAGUAAAUAGUCAGAAAUGAGUGUACGGAACCCUUGCGGCCAACCUCUUCGGUGUCGACAAUGUUCGAUGAGUUCGACAUGUUACAGUUCUGUUCCGACAAGAAAAGCGUUCCGGGACAGUACGAACGGCAACGACACAGAACGGAACAAGUCGUACACGUCGAACAUCGUCGGAAAAGCUUUCCGGUACAGAACGAACGGCAACGACACAGAACGGAACAAGUCGCACACGUCGAACAUCGUCGGCACCGGAGAGGUUGGCCGCAAGGGUUCGGUGCACUCAUUUCUGACUAUUAACUUCCGUCCGUAUCAGUGGGUUCCAGUCCUCGUCUCCAUUCAUUAACUUCCGCCACAGUCCAAAAGACGAAAAAUGGCAGAAACCCAUCCGAAAUGUGAUGUUGUGGUAUAUGUUGUGGUUCAAUUUUAUCCUUGGUUCAAAUGUCAUUUUUCUUUGUUUUAAACUCAUUUUCAUUCAUAACCAUAUCCCAAAGCAAAGGUAAAUAAGUUCGACCAAGGUUAAAAUGGAACCACAACAUACACGUAACCUGAUACAGGUAUUUUCCUUGUCUCCCCUCUAGCGAUCUUGAUGAUAACGAUGGAGGUCUGGACCAUGUUCGUGUCAAAGAAAAAGAAGGACCAGACUCCAAUCCCCAGAGCCCUUGUGUUUCCGAGGGACAUAGGAUGAGUCGGCCCGUACGCUUGUCCCGCUCCAUGACCGUGUCUGAAGAUGAUGAUGAUCAUAUGUCUGAUGAGGAAGACUCCAAGUAAGUUACCAAAAAAAAUUUAGCUCAGCAGGUAUAAAGGCCCAUAAAAAAAGACUGUGUUUACUUCAACACUUUCCAUAUCGGAAAAAGUGCACGCGACGAUCCCAAAAGGUAUUGUAGGUGGUUUUCUGUUCACGGUUCUUCAAAGAAAUUUGAAAGAAUGGCACGAGCGGCCAUGGACAUAUGUUUGCGAGUGCUAACGGAAAUCAACAAAAGUAGGGUCGACAGCUUCAGUGUCAUGAACAGUGUAUUGAUCAUAUCCCCAUAGGGAUACCCAUAUCCCAUCACUCUACCGCUUGUUAUAAAUUAUGCUUUGUUGGGGUGAGCUGAAAAGCUUAACAGGUCAAAGUGUUGGUGAGGUCAGACUUGUCAAGCGCGCAAUUUUCAGGAUAUGUGGAAAUGAAAGUCAACCAGGCCCACAACUAGUCGAAAAGCUGUCUACGCCCCUUAUCGCUACAGCCGAACCGACCGCCUCGUUAACCCCUGGGCAUAGUUAAAAUUCAAGAAUAUUUCCAUAUUUCAUUUUGUAAAAUUAAUGCUCUGAAUCAAGAAGUAUUAGAUGAAUACUGCUGUAGAGGUUCCAUUUGAAUGGUCACGCCACAGGAUUUCGUCCACAGACUCAAAAGUUAGAAUUGCACACUAAAUAAAUAGUACGAUGUGAAAGUACCGCUGAAGAGGUUUUUUUCUAAAUGGUAACACCAUAGGUUUUCUAAAUGGUAACACCAUAGGAUUUCAGCACCAUAGGAUUUCAUCCACAGACUCAAAAAAAAAAUCGUUGGAACUGCAUACUUAAUAAAUGGUACCAUGUGAAAUUACUGCUGAAGAGAUUUUAUUUGAAUGGCAACAUCAUAGGAUUUCGUUCACAAACUCAAAAAUUGGAACUACAUACUCCGUAAAUGUACUUUUUUUUACCGCUCAACUCCUUGAUGAACUUAACCGAAAGUUUGCUUUAGUCUGGUUUGGCCGGUUUCAUUUUUCAGUCCCAGGGAUCUCGUAACCAAGUCACGCGAAGCUCUCCUGAACGAAUUGGCAAAGAAGCCAGGUAUUGAGCGCCAAUUGCUGCUGCUUCAGGAACUGCUAAAGCGAGAAGGCGACCACUUUCAAACUUCUGAGGGCUCCAUUAUCGAUAUGAUCAAUGUCCUUUAUCAGCAAGCUGCGUAUGAUAGGAAAUGGUCAGCGGUUCGUCGCGGUGCCGCACUGCUAAAGAAACUGGUGGAUAGUCUAGCUCCCGGGAUCACUACUUUACUGGUUAGCGGCAAAGUGGGAAGAUGCUUUGCUAGAACGUGUUACUUUAUCUAACCUUUUUUCUAGCCUUUGUUUUGGGGGGUGGAGCGUGCGAAGGUAUUUCAGCUCCGUCUUAUAAGCUGCCUAAUAAAUAGUUGUUUUUACUUUUACUUUUAAGGUAACUAUUGGUGUGUUUGGCCAUGAAGAAAAAGUGAUUUACGAACCUCUGACGCCGGCAGCUAUUCAGGUAGUUUUGUUGUCUAAAGUCUAGGUUCUUGCUCAGAAUAGGUACCACGAACAUUUACACUCACGAGUUGUAGAAAAAGCCACACUUUAGCUACUUGCGUCGCUCUUUUUCUAGUGAGAAGAAGUCGAUCCAAACAGGCUUUUGCGAAUGUCCAAAGAAAAAAAUAGAUAUUUAACAAUCCAGCAAGCAAACAGAGAAAAAGAAAAGUAGAAAAUAUUAGCAAUGUUACCUAUUUUAAUUUGCAAAACAAAGCUCAGUUUUGGUUUUGGUGUCCCAAGUUUCAUUUAUCAAUGUAAAAGAAUAACUGACAGUAAUAGCAACCAAGUCCAUUUUACCAAGCACCGGUAUAAAACAAACGCUCUGUCCUGUUCAUUAAUGGCGGUCUCCUUCUCUUUUCUCAAUAGAAAAUCCUUUAUUCGUUCUGCACUCCUCAUGACGUCCGGGAGGCAGUCCUUCAACAAGAGGUCUGAAAACUAGUGUGUUAUUUUAAGACACUUUACUGGUGUUUUUAUUUUUUACUAUGGUCUUGAAUUUAAGAGGUGUCAAAAAAAGUUUAUUCUCAUUCUUGUAAUUCUGCGUGGCUGUGCCUUCCAUAUGCGGCACGUGGAUAUAAAUCUUUAAGAAUGGCCGUCAAAUACUGUCAAACUGUUAUUUACAUUUGUGAUGAUCAUGAAGAUGAUGGUGAUGAUGAUGAUGACGACGAUGAAUGUUCCCUUUUCCAGCAACGUGUAGAUACGCGGUUUACACAUAGUUGAACCUUUGAUAUACGGCAGAGUGGAGGGUGGAUUGGGGAAAAGUUGCUGUUAAGAAACCAUUGGUGCCCGUUUGUAAUAAAACUAUUCAUAAAAAGUUCGAUUGGGCAGUUCAAAUGGAAUAACUACGCCGUUUAAACUGGCCUUCCAUUUCCUAGCUCCACGCAGCCUUUUUUGUCUCGUCACGCGAGGCAAAACCGAGUUCCAAGAGUUCCAAGCCUGCGUCGUAGGUGCAAUUUAACCUGGGUCAGUAACGUCUGCGAAGCAGCGCUGAUAUCGUUGUUCUCGGCCCCCAGCGGACUCAACCAAUUACCGGAAUCGCGUCUUGAAUUUCCUUUCGUCUUGAUUUGCAAAUCGACAAUGGCUUUUUUAACAGGCCAAUCAUGGCGCGUAAUCAAAUCCUGGUACACAGGUGGGGUCCUAGAUCAAGAAUUUCGGCGAUGUUUCGCAGACGGACUCAGCCAGAGUUCAGUUUCGUCUGUGGUGCUAGCCUGCAGUGCAGGCGUAUUUUGGGUGGGCAAAACCUAGUUCGUGUUUGCAUUGUUGUAGCCCCCAUCUUUGAUUUUUUGUCAGUGGAAGAUUGGGGAGAGUAGAAAUAGUAACCCUUAGGGCAGGUGCAAGGGCGAAAGGAGGAAAGGGGGGAAGGGGAGCGAAGGAGAGGAAAAACGUACGCCGUUUUCUCUUUUCUCUCCCCGCUCCGUUUGACUCGCCCCAUUUCCUCCUCUCUUCAGGAAGUUUCAACAUGGCGCUUUCGCGAGCAAAAUUACUUGCGCGCCCAAAGAAAACGCCUGCACUCCAGGCUACUGUGGUGAAGGCUAACCAUUUCCAGGCAUUUUCCAAUUGGCAUUUUCCAAAUGUUAGUCAAAUGGUUCGAAAUCAUUUUCGUUGUAAAGUCGCUCGUUUUUCCCUUCUGCAUUUUUUUCCACAGAUGGUUCUCUAUUUGGCCUCUUUUGUUGCCACAAUUCCUCACGUUUUUGAAGGGAUGUUGAAAAUCAGGAUUGGGUAAGCUAUAUAGUCGUCCAUUGUUUUGCAUAAUGUCAAUCAUCCUAGCCAUACCCGACCUCUCCUAUUAAAGUGUUGUACACUUCGUAUUGUAAGAAUAUACCAUAACGUUUGCUUCCCCUUUCUAAAUCUUCUGUGAACUCUAAAAACAGUAUUACUUUUUUUAAGUUCUUCUUAAUUGGCUACUCACACUGGAUAUCCAGUGCAAUUGACACCUCCGAGCAAAGCCAUACUGGCCUUCUUUCCUCGCUGUUGUCACUGAUGUCACUGUUGUCGCUGUUGUCACCGUUGUCACUAUUGUCACUGUUGUCAUUGUUGUCACUGUUGUGGCUGUUGUCACUGCUGUCACUGUUGUCACCCUUGUCACCCUUGUCACUGUUGUCACUGUUGUGGCUGUUGUCACUGCUGUCAUUGUUGUCACCGUUGUCACCGUUGUCGCUGUUGUCACUGUUGUCACCGUUGUCACCGUUGUCACCCUUGUUACUGUUGUCACCGUUGUCGAUGUUGUCACUGUUGUCACCAUUGUCACUGUUGUCACCAUUGUCACUGUUGUCACCGUUGUCGCUGUUCUCACUGUUGUCGCUGUUCUCACUGUUGUCACCGUUGUCACUGUUGUCAAUCUUGUGGCUGUUGUCACUGCUGUCACUGUUGUCACUGUUGUCACCGUUGUCACCGUUCUCGCUGUUGUCACUGUUUUCACUGUUGUCACUGUUGUCACCGUUGUCACUAUUGUCACUGUUGUCAUUAUUGUCACUAUUGUGGCUGUUGUCACUGUUGUCACAGUUGUGGCUGUUGUCACUGCUGUGGCUGUUGUCACUGUUGUCACCGUUGUCAUCGUUGUCGCUGUUGUCACCGUUGUCACCAUUGUCACUGGUGUCACUGUUGUGGCUGUUGUCACUGCUCUCACUGUUGUCACUGCUGUCACUGUUGUCACUGUUGUCACCGUUGUCGCUGUUGUCACUGUUCUCAAUGCUGUCACCGUUGUCGCCGUUGUCACUGUUGUCACUGUUGUGGCUCUUCUCACUGCUGUCACUGUUGUCACUGUUCUCACCGUUGUCACUGUUGUCACCGUUUUCACUAUUGUCACUGUUGUCAUUGUUGGCUGUUGUCACUGCUGUCACUGUUGUCACCGUUGUCGCUGUUGUCGCUCAUCUCACUGCUGUCACUGUUGUCACUGUUCUCACCGUUGUCACCAUUUUCACUAUUGUCAAUGUUGUCAUUGUUGGCACUUUUAUGGCUGUUGUCACUGCUGUCACUGUUGUCACCGUUGUCACUAUUGUGGCUGUUGUCACUGCUGUCACUUUUGUCACCGUUCUCGCUGUUGUCGCUGUUGUCACUAGUGUCACUGUUGAGGCUGUUGUCACUGCUCUCACAGUUGUCUUUUUUGUGGCUGUUGUCACUGCUGUCACUGUUGUCACUGUUGUCACCGUUGUCCCUGUUGUCACUGUUCUCACUGUUGUCGCCGUUGUCACCGUUGUCACUGUUGUCACUGUUGUGGCUCUUCUCACUGCUGUCACUGUUCUCACUGUUCUCACCAUUGUCACUGUUGUCACCGUUUUCGCUAUUGUCACUGUUGUCAUUGUUGGCUGUUGUCACUGCUGUCACUGUUGUCACCGUUGUCGCUGUUGUGGCUCUUCUCACUGCUGUCACUGUUGUCACUAUUCUCACCGUUGUCACUGUUGUCACCGUUUUCACUAUUGUCAAUGUUGACAUUGUUGGCACUUUUAUGGCUGUUGUCACUGCUGUCACUGUUGCCACCGUUGUCACUGUUGUGGCUGUUGUCACUGCUGUCACUGUUGUCACUGUUGUCACCGUUGAUGCUGUUGUCGCUGUUGUCACCGUUGUCAGUGUUGUCACUGUUGUCACUAUUGUCACUGUUGUCACUGUUGUAACUGUUGUCACCAUUGUCACUGUUGUCACCUUUGUCGCUGUUGUCACUGUUGUCGCCGUUGUCACCGUUGUCACUGGUGUCAGUGUUGUGGCUGUUGUCACUGCUCUCACAGUUGUCACUUUUGUGGCUGUUGUCACUGCUGUCACUGCUGUCACUGUUGUCACUGUUGUCGCCGUUAUCGCUGUUGUCACUGUUGUCACCGUUGUCACUGUUGUAACUGUUGUCACCAUUGUCACUGUUGUCACCAUUGUCGCUGUUGUUGCUGUUGUCACCUUUGUCACCGUUUUCACUGGUGUCUCUGUUGUGGCUGUUGUCACUGCUGCCACUGUUGUCACUAUUCUGGCUCUUGUCACUGCUGUCACUGUUGUCACUGUUGUCACCGUUGUCGUUGUUGUCACUGUUGUCACUGUUGUCAGCAUUGUCGCUGUUGUCACUGUAGUCGCUCUUGUCACGGUUGUCACCUUUGUCUCCAUUGUCACUGUUGUCAUUGAUAUGGUUGUUGUUACUGCUGUCACUGUUGUCACUGUUGUCACCGUUGUGACCGUUGUCGCUGUUGUGAUUCUUUUCACGGUUGUCACUGUUGUCACCGUUGUCACUAUUGCCACGGUUGCCAAUGUUGUCACUGUUGUGGCUGUUGUCACUGCUGUCACUGUUGUCACCGUUGUCACUGUUGUGGCUGUUGUCACUGCUGUCACUGUUGUCACUGUUGUCACUGUUGUCACGUUUGUCGCUGUUGUCACUGUUGUCGCUGUUCUCACUGUUGUCACCGUUGUCACCGUUGUCACUGUUGUCAAUGUUGUGGCUGUUAUCACUGCUGUCACUGUUGUCACUAUUUUCACUGUUGUCACCGUUGUCACCGUUCUCGCUAUUGUCACUGUUUUCACGGUUGUCACUGUUGUCACCAUUGUCACUAUUGGGACUGUUGUCAUUGUUGUCACUGUUGUGGCUGUUGUCACUGUUGUCACUGUUGUCACCGUUGUCACUGUUGUCACAGUUGUCGCUGUUGUCACUGUUGUCACCGUUGUCGCUGUUGUCACUGUUGUGACUGUUGUCACCGUUGUCGCGGUUGUCACUGUUGUCACCGUUAUCACUGUUGUAACUGUUGUCACCAUUAUCACUGUGGUCACCGUUAUCGCUGUUGUCACUGUUGUCGCCGUUGUCACCGUUGUCACUGGUGUCACUGUUGUGGCUGUUGUCACUGCUCUCACAGUUGUCACUUUUGUGGCUGUUGUCACUGCUGUCACUGCUGUCACUGUUGUCACUGUUGUCGCCGUUAUCGCUGUUGUCACUGUUGUCACCGUUCUCACUGUUGUAACUGUUGUCACCAUUGUCACUGUUGUCACCAUUGUCGCUGUUGUUGCUGUUGUCACCUUUGUCACCGUUUUCACUGGUGUCUCUGUUGUGGCUGUUGUCACUGCUGCCACUGUUGUCACUAUUCUGGCUCUUGUCACUGCUGUCACUGUUGUCACUGUUGUCACCGUUGUCGUUGUUGUCACUGUUGUCACUGUUGUCAGCAUUGUCGCUGUUGUCACUGUUGUCGCUCUUGUCACGGUUGUCACCUUUGUCUCCAUUGUCACUGUUGUCAUUGAUAUGGUUGUUGUUACUGCUGUCACUGUUGUCACUGUUGUCACCGUUGUGACCGUUGUCGCUGUUGUGAUUCUUUUCACGGUUGUCACUGUUGUCACCGUUGUCACUAUUCCCACGGUUGCCAAUGUUGUCACUGUUGUGGCUGUUGUCACUGCUGUCACUGUUGUCACCGUUGUCACUGUUGUGGCUGUUGUCACUGCUGUCACUGUUGUCACUGUUGUCACUGUUGUCACGUUUGUCGCUGUUGUCACUGUUGUCGCUGUUGUCACUGUUGUCACCGUUGUCACUGUUGUCACUGUUGUCAAUGUUGUGGCUGUUGUCACUGUUGUCACUGUUGUCACUAUUUUCACUGUUGUCACCGUUGUCACCGUUCUCGCUAUUGUCACUGUUUUCACGGUUGUCACUGUUGUCACCAUUGUCACUAUUGGGACUGUUGUCAUUGUUGUCACUGUUGUGGCUGUUGUCACUGUUGUCACUGUUGUCACCGUUGUCACUGUUGUCACAGUUGUCGCUGUUGUCACUGUUGUCACCGUUGUCGCUGUUGUCACUGUUGUGACUGUUGUCACCGUUGUCGCGGUUGUCACUGUUGUCACCGUUAUCACUGUUGUAACUGUUGUCACCAUUAUCACUGUGGUCACCGUUAUCGCUGUUGUCACUGUUGUCGCCGUUGUCACCGUUGUCACUGGUGUCACUGUUGUGGCUGUUGUCACUGCUCUCACAGUUGUCACUUUUGUGGCUGUUGUAACUACUGUCACUGUUGUCACUGUUGUCACUGUUGUCACCGUUGUCGCUGUUGUCACUGUUGUCACCGUUGUCACUGUUGUAACUGUUAUCACCAUUGUCACUGUUGUCACCAUUGUCGCUGUUGUUGCUGUUGUCACCAUUGUCACUGGUGUCUCUGUUGUGCCUGUUGUCACUGCUGUCACCGUUGUCACUGUUGUGGCUGUUGUCACUGCUGUCACUGUUGUCACUGUUCUCACUGUUGUCACCCUUGUCGCUGUUGUGACUGUUGUCACUGUUGUCACCGUUGUCGCUGUUGUCACUGUUGUCGCUGUUGUCACGGUUGUCACCGUUGUCUCCGUUGUCACUGUUGUCAUUGAUAUGGUUGUUGUUACUGCUGUCACUGUUGUCACUGUUGUCACCGUUGUGACCGUUGUCGCUGUUGUGACUCUUUUCACGGUUGUCACUGUUGUCACCAUUGUCACUAUUGCCACUGUUGUCAAUGUUGUCACUGUUGUGGCUGUUGUCACUGCUGUCACUGUUGUCACCGUUGUCACUGUUGUGGCUGUUUUCACUGCUGUCACUGCUUUCACCGUUGUCACUGUUGUCACCGUUGUCGCUGUUGUCACUGUUGUCGCUGUUCUCACUGUUGUCACCGUUGUCACCGUUGUCACUGUUGUCACUGUUGUGGCUGUUGUCACUGCUGUCACUGUUGUCACUGUUGUCACCGUUGUCACCGUUCUCGCUGUUGUCACUGUUUUCACAGUUGUCACUGUUGUCACCGGUGUCACCGUUGUCACUAUUGGCACUGUUGUCAUUGUUGUCACUGUUGUGGCUGUUGUCACUGUUGUCACUGUUGUCACCAUUGUCACUGUUGUCGCAGUUGUGGCUGUUGUCACUGCUGUGGCUGUUUUCACCGUUUUCAUCGUAGUCGCUGUUGUCACUGUUGUCACUGUUGUCACCGUAGUCGCGGUUGUCACUGUUGUCACCCUUGUCACUGUUGUAACUGUUGUCCCCAUUGUCACUGUUGUCACCGUUGUCGCUGUUGUCACUGUUGUCGCCGUUGUCACUAGUGUCACUGUUCUCACUUUUGUGGCUGUUGUCUCUGCUGUCACUGUUGUCACCUUUGUCACCGUUGUCGCUGUUGUCACUGUUGUCACCGUUGUCACUGUUGUAACUGUUGUCACCAUUGUCACUGUUGUCAACAUUGUCGCUGUUGUUGCUGUUGUCACCUUUGUCACCGUUGUCACUGGUGUCUCUGUUGUGGCUGUUGUCACUGCUGUCACCGUUGUCACUGUUGUGGCUCUUGUCACUGCUGUCACUGUUGUCACUGUUUUCACUGUUGUCACCGUUGUCGCCGUUGUCACUUUUCUCACCGUUGUCACUGUUGUUACAGUUGUCACCGUUGUCGCUGUUGUCACCGAUUUCACUGUUGUCGCUUUUGUCACUGUUGUCACUGUUAUCACUGUUGUCAGUGUUGUGGCUCUUGUCACUGCUGUCACUUUUGUCACCGUUGUCACCGUUGUUGCUGUUGUCACUGUUUUCACGGUUGUCACUGUUGUCACUAUUAUCACUAUUGUCAUUGUUGUCACUGUUGUGGCUGUUGUCACUUUUGUCACAGUUGUGGCUGUUGUCACUGCUGUGGCUGUUGUCACUAAUGUUACCGUUGCCAUCGUUGUCGCUGUUGUCACUGUUGUCACUUUUGUCACUGUUGUUACGAAUGUCACAGUUGUUACUGUUGUCACUAUUGUCACUGUUGUCACUGUUGUCACUGUUGUCACUAUUCUCACUGUUGUCACUGUUGUCAUUGUUCUCACUGUUGUAGCUGUUGUCACUGUUGUCACCGUUGUCUUUGUUGUCAAUGUUGUGGCUGUCGUCACUGCUGUGGCUUUUGUCACUGUUGUCACCGUUGUCACUUUUUUCACUGUUGUGACCGUUGUCGCGGUUGUCACCGUUGUCACUGUUGUCGCUGUUGUCACUGUUUUCACCGUUGUCACCAUUGUCACCGUUGUCACUGUUGUCACUGUUGUCGCUGUUCUCACUGUUGUCACCGUUGUCACUGUUGUCAAUGUUGUGGCUGUUGUCACUGCUGUCACUGUUGUCACUGUUGUCACCGUUGUCACCGUUCUCGCUGUUGUCACUGUUUUAACGCUUGUUACUGUUGUCACCGGUGUCACCAUUGUCACUAUUGCCACUGUUGUCAUUGUUGUCACUGUUGUGGCUGUUGUCACUGUUGUCACUGUUGUCACCAUUGUCACUGUUGUCGCAGUUGUGGCUGUUGUCACUGCUGUGGCUGUUUUCACCGUUUUCAUCGUUGUCGCUGUUGUCACUGUUGUCACUGUUGUCACCGUAGUCGCGGUUGUCACUGUUGUCACCGUUGUCACUGUUGUAACUGUUGUCCCCAUUGUCACUGUUGUCACCGUUGUCGCUGUUGUCACUGUUGUCGCCGUUGUCACUAGUGUCACUGUUCUCACUUUUGUGGCUGUUGUCUCUGCUGUCACUGUUGUCACCGUUGUCGCUGUUGUCACCGUUGUCACUGUUGUAACUGUUGUCACCAUUGUCACUGUUGUCAACAUUGUCGCUGUUGUUGCUGUUCUCACCUUUGUCACCGUUGUCACUGGUGUCUCUGUUGUGGCUGUUGUCACUGCUGUCACCGUUGUCACUGUUGUGGCUCUUGUCACUGCUGUCACUGUUGUCACUGUUUUCACUGUUGUCACCGUUGUCGCCGUUGUCACUUUUGUCACCGUUGUCACUGUUGUUACAGUUGUCACCGUUGUCGCUGUUGUCACCGAUUUUACUGUUGUUGCUUUUGUAACUGUUGUCACUGUUGUCACUGUUGUCACUGUUGUCAGUGUUGUGGCUCUUGUCACUGCUGUCACUUUUGUCACCGUUGUCACCGUUGUUGCUGUUGUCACUGUUUUCACGGUUGUCACUGUUGUCACUAUUAUCACUAUUGUCAUUGUUGUCACUGUUGUGGCUGUUGUCACUUUUGUCACAGUUGUGGCUGUUGUUACUGCUGUGGCUGUUGUCACUAAUGUUACCGUUGUCAUCGUUGUCGCUGUUGUCACUGUUGUCACUUUUGUCACUGUUGUCACUUUUGUCACUGUUGUUACGAAUGUCACAGUUGUUACUGUUGUCACUGUUGUCACUGUUGUCACUGUUGUCACUAUUGUCACUGUUGUCACUGUGGUCAUUGUUCUCACUGUUGUAGCUGUUGUCACUGUUGUCACCGUUGUCUUUGUUGUCAAUGUUGUGGCUGUCGUCACUGCUGUGGCUUUUGUCACUGUUGUCACCGUUGUCACUUUUUUCACUGUUGUGACCGUUGUCGCGGUUGUCACUGUUGUCACCGUUGUCACUGUUGUCGCUGUUGUCACUGUUUUCACCGUUGUCACCAUUGUCACCGUUGUCGCUGUUGUCACUGUUGUCGUUGUUCUCACCGUUAUCACUGUUGUCACUGUUGUGGCUGUUGUCACUGCUGUCAACGUUGUCACCGUUGUCACCAUUUUCACUGUUGUCACCGUUGUCACUAUUGUUACCCUUGUCGCUGUUGUCACCAUUGUCACUGUUGUCACCGUUGUCACUGUUUUCAGUGUUGUGGCUGUUGUCACUGCUGCCACCGUUGUCACGAUUGUCACGCUUGUCACCAUUGUCUGUGUUGUCAUUGUUUUCACGGUUGUCACUGUUGUCACCGUUGUCAUUUAUGCCACUGUUUUCAUUGUUGUCACUGUUGUGGCUGUUGUCACCGUUGUCACUGUUGUCAGCAUUGUCACUGUUGUGGCUGUUGUCACUGCUGUGGCUGUUGUCACCAUUGUCAUCGUUGUGGCUGUUGUCACCGAUGUCACGGUUGUCACCUUUGUCACUUGUCACUGUUGUCACUGUUGUCACCGUUGUCGCUGUUGUCACUGUUGUCGCUGUUGUCACCGUUGUCACCGUUGUCACUGUUGUGGCUGUUGUCACUGCUGUCACCGUUCUCACUGUUGUCACUGUUGUGGCUGUUGUCACUGUUGUCACUGUUGUCACUGUUAUCACCGUUAACGCUUUUGUCACUGGUUUCAAUGUUGUCACCGUUGUCACUGUAGUCACUGUUGUGACUGUUGUCACUGCUGUCACUGUUGUCACCGUUGUCACUGUUGUCUCUUUUAUGGCUGUUGUCACUGCUGUCACCAUUGUCACUGUUUUCACCGUUGCCAGUGUUGUCACCAUUGUCGCCGUUGUCACCGUUGUCGCUGUUGUCGGUGUUGUCGCUGUUGUCACUGUUGUCACUGUUGUCACUGUUGUCAGUAUUGUGGCUGUUCUCACUGCUGUGACUGUUGUCACUGUUUUCACGGUUGUCACUGUUGUCAUCCUUGUCACUAUUGUCACUGUUGUCACUGUUGUCGUUGUUGUCACCGUUGUCACUGUUGUCACUGUUGUGGCUGUUGUCACUGCUGUCACCUUUGUCACCGUUGUCAGUAUUGUCGCCAUUGUCGCUGUUGUCACUGUUGUCGUUGUUGUCACCGUUCUCGCUGUUGUCACUGUUGUUACUGUAGUCACUGUUCUCAUUGUUGUCACUGUUGUCAGUGUUGUGGCUGUUUUCACUGUUGUCAGUGUUGUCACCGUUGUCGCUGUUGUCACUGUUUUCACGGUUGUCUCUGUUGUCAUCCUUGUCACUAUUGUCAUUCUUGUCACUUUUGUGGCUCUUGCCACUGUUGUCACUGUUGUCACUGUUGUCACUGUUGUGGCUCUUCUCACUGCUGUUACUGCUGUCACUCUUGUUACUGUUGUCACCGUUGUCGCUGUUGUCACUCUUGUCACUGUUGUCACCAUUGUUACUGUUGUCACUGUUGUCGCGGUUUUCACUGUUGUCACCAUUGUCACUGUUAUCACUGUUUUCACCGUUGUUUCUGUUGUCACCGUUGUCACUGUUGUCACUGUUGUGGCUGUUGUCACUGCUGUCACUGUUGUCACCGUUGUCACUCUUGUCACCGUUGUCACCGUUGUCGCUAUUGUCACUGUUGUCGUUGUUGUCACUGUUGUGGCUGUUGUCACUGUAUUCACUGGUUUCACUGUUGUCACCUUUGUCGCUGUUGUCACUGUUGUGACUGUUGUCACUGCUUUUACUGUUGUCACUGUUGUCACUCUUGUAACCGUUGGCGCUGUUGUCACUGUUGGUACCGUUGUCACUGCUGUCACCGUUGUCACUGUGGUCACUGUUUUGGCUGUUGUCACUGCUGUCACUGUUGUCACUCUUGUCACUGUUGUCAAUGUUGUCACUGUUGUCACCGUUGUCACUCUUGUCACUGUGGUCAUCGUUGUCACUUUUGUCACCGUUGUCGCUUUUGUCACCGUUGUGGCUGUUGUGACUGUUGUCGCUGUUGUCGCUGUUGUCACCGUUGUCACUUUUGUAUUGUUACUAUUGUCACUGUUGUCAUUGUUGUCACUUUUGUAACUGUUGUGGCUGUUGUCACUGCUGUCACUCUUGUCAGUGUUGUCACGGUUGUCGCUGUUGUCACUUUUGUCACUGUGUUCACCGUUGUCGCGGUUGUUACUGUUGUCACCGUUGUCACUGUUGUCAUUGUUGUCAUUGUUGUCACUAUUGUCACCGUUGUCGCUGUUGUCACUGUUGUCGUUAAUGUCACCGUUGUCACCGUUGUCACUGUUGUCACUGUUGUGGCUGUUGUCACUGCUGUGGCUGUUUUCACUGUUGUCACCAUUGUCAUCGUUGUCGCUGUUGUCACUGUUGUCACUGUUGUCGCAGUUGUUACUGUUGUCACCGUUGUCACUGUUGUCAUUGUUGUUACCGUUGUCACUGUUGUCACUCUUGUCGCUGUUGUCAUUGUUGUAACUGUCGUCACAAUUGUCACUGUUGUGGCUGUUGUCACUGCUGUCAACGUUUUCACCAUUGUCACUGUUGUCACCGUUCUCACUGUUGUCACUCUUGUCGCUGUUCUCACUGUUGUCACUGUUGUCACCAUUUUCACGGUUGUCAGUGUUGUGGCUGUUUUCACUGCUGUCACUCUUGUCACUGUUGUUACAGUUUUCACAGUUUUCACUGUUGUCACCCUUGUCACUAUUGUCACUGUUGUCAAUGUUGUCACUGUUGUAACUAUUGUGGCUGUUGUCACUGCUGUCACUGUGGUCACUGUUGUCACCGUUGUCGCUGUUGUCACUGUUGUCACCGUUUUUACUGUUAUCACCAUUGUCACCGUUGUCACUGUUUUCACCGUUGUGGCUUUUGUCACUGUUGUCCCUGUUGUCACUGUUGUGGCUGUUGUCACUCUUGUCACUGUUGUCACUGUUGUCGCUGUUGUCACUGUUGUGGCUGUUGUCACUGUUGUCCCCGUUGUCACCGUUGUCACUGUUGUCACCGUUGUCACUGUUGUGGCUUUUGUCACUGUUGUCACUGUUGUCACCGUUGUCACUGUUGUCACUGUUGUCAUUGUUGUCACUGUUGUGGCUGUUGUCAUUCCUGUCACUUGUUUUACUGUUGUCACCGUUGUGACUGUUGUCACUGCUGUCACUGUUGUCCCUGUUGUCGGUGUGGUCACCAUUCUCACCGUUGUCACCAUUGUCACCGUUGUCACUGUUGUGGCUGUUGUCACUAUUGUGGCUGUUGUCACUGCUGUCUCUGGUUUUACUGUUCUCACCGUUGUCACUGUUGUCACGGUUGUCACCUUUGCCACUGUUGUCACCGUUGUCGGUGUUGUUACUGUUCUUGUUGUCACUGUUAUCACUGUUGUCACUGUUGUGGCUGUUGUCACUGCUGUCACCGUUGUCACUGUUGUCUCCGUUGUCGCUGUUGUGACUGUUGUCGCUGUUGUCACUGUUGUCACUGUUGUCACUGUUGUCACCAUUGUCGCUGUUGUCAUUGUUUUAACGGUUGUCACUGUUGUCACCGUUGUCACCGUUGUCACCGUUGUCACUAAUGUGACUGUUGUCGUUGUUGUCACUGUUGUGGCUAAUGUCACCGUUGUCACCGUUGUCACUGUUGUAACUGUUUUGGUUGUUGUCACUGCUGUGGCUGUUGUCACUGUUGUCACCGUUGUCAUCGUUGUCGCUGUUGUCACUGUUUUUACUGUUGUCAGCGUUGACACUGUUGUCACCGUUGUCACCGUUGUCGCUGUUCUCACUGUUGUCGCUGUUGUUACCCAUUGUCACUGUUGUCACUGUUGUGGCUGUUGUGACUGCUGUCACUGUUCUCACUGUUGUGGCUGUUGUCAUUGUUGUCAUUGUUGUCACUGUUGUCACGGUGGUCACCAUUGUCGCAAUUGUCACUGUUGUCACCGUUGUCGCUUUUGACACUGUUGUCGUUGUUGUCACCGUUGUCACUGUUGUGGCUGUUGUCACCGCUGUCACCGUUGUCACUGUUGUCACCGUUGUCACUGUUGACGCCAUUGUCGCUGUCUUCACCGUUGUCACUGUUGUCGCUGUUUUCACUGUUGCAACCAUUGUCACCCUUGUCACUGUUGUCACCGUUGUCACCAUUGUCACUGUUGUCAGUGUUGUGGCUGUUGUCACUGCUGUCACUGUUGUCACUGUUGUCACUUUUGUCACCGUUGUGUCUGUUGUCACUGUUUUCACUGUUGUCACCGUUGUCACCAGUGUCCUGUUGUCAUUGUUGUCACUGUUGUGGCUGUUCUCAUUGUUGUCACUGUUGUGGCUGUUGUUACUGCUGUGGCGGUUGUCACAGUGUUCACCGUUAUCAUCGUUGUCGAGGUUGUCACUGUUGUCUCUGUUCUCACUGUUGUCACCAUUGUCACCGUUGUCACUGUUGUGAGUGUUGUGGGUGUUGUCACUGAUGUCACACUUGUCACCGUUGUCGCUGUUGUCACGGUUGUCACUGUUGUCACCGUUGUCACUAUUGUCACUGUUGUCAUUAUUGUCACUUUUGUGGCUGUUGUCAGUCUUGUCACCAUUGUCAUCGUUGUCGCUGUUGUCACUGUUGUCUCUUUUGUCACUGUUGUCACCGUUGUCGCGGUUGUUACUGUUCUCACCGUUGUUACUGUUGUCACUGUUGUGGCUGUUGUCAUUGCUGUCACCGUUGUCACUGUUGUCACUGUUCUCACCGCUGUCACUGUUUUCACCGUUGUCGCUCUUGUCACCGUUGUCGCUGUUUUCACUGUUGUCGCUUUUCUCACUGUUGCCACCGCUGUCACUGUUGUCACCGUUGUCACUGUUUUCAGUGUUGUGGCUGUUGUCACGGCUGUCACUGUUUUCACUGUUGUCACUAUUGUCGCCGUUGUCACUGUUGUCACUGUUUUUACGGUUCUUACUGUUGUCACCAUUGUCACUAUUGUCACUGUUGUCACCGUUGUCGCUGUUGUCACUGUUUUUACGGUUCUUACUGUUGUCACCCUUAUCACUAUUUUCACUGUUGUCAUUUUUGUCACUGUUGUGGCUGUUGUCACUGGUGUGGCUGUUGUCACUGUUGUCAUCGUUGUCGCUGUUGUCACUGUUGUCACCGUUGUCGCGGUUCUCACUUUUGUCACCUUUGUCACUGUUGUCACCAUUGUCACUGUUGUCACUGUUGUCGCUGUUGUCACCGUUUUCACCGUUUUCACUGGUGUCACUGUUGUGGCUGUUGUCACUGCUGUCACCGUUGUCACUGUUGUCACCGUUGUCACUGUUGAGACUGUUGUCACUGUUGUUACUGUUGUCACUGUUGUUACUGUUGUCACUGUUGUCAACAUUGUCCCAAUUGUCACUGUUCUCACCGUUGUCACUGCUGUCACUGUUGUCACUGCUGUCACCAUUGUCACGGUUGUCACUGUUGUCACUGUUGUCACUGUUGUCACCGUUGUCGCUGUUGUCCCGGUUGUCACCGUUGUCACUGUUGUCACCGUUGUCGCUGUUCUUACUGUUGUUCUGUUGUCACUGUUGUCACCGUUGUCACUGUUGUCAGUGUUGUGGCUGUUGUCACUGCUGUCACAGUUGUCACCGUUGUCACCAUUGUCGCUGUUGUCACUGUUUUUACUUUUCUCACCAUUGUCACCGUUGUCACUAUUCUCACUGUUAUCAUUGUUGUAACUGUUUUGGCUUUUGUCACUGUUGUCACCGUUGUCACUGUUGCCACUGCUGUGGCUGUUGUCACUAUUGUCACCGUUGUCAUCGUUGUCCCUGUUGUCACUGUUGUCACUGUUGUCACCGUUGUCGCAAUUCUCACUGUUGUCACCGUUGUCGCAAUUGUCACUGUUGUCACCGUUGUCACUGUUGUCACUGUUGUGGCUGUUGUCACUCCUCUCACCGUUGUCACUGUUGUCACCGUUGUGACUGUUGUUUCUGUUGUCACUGUUGUCACCGUUGUCACUGUUGUCACCGUUGUCGCUGUUGUCACUGUUGUCACCGUUGUCAUUGUUGUCACUGUUGUCACUGUUGUCAGUGUUGUGGCUGUUGUCACUGCUGUCACUGUUGCCACCGUUGUUACCAUUGUUGCUGUUGUCACUGUUUUCACUGUUGUCACCGAUGUCACUAUUGUCACUGUUAUCAUUGUUGUAACUGUUGUGGCUUUUGUCACUGUUGUCACUGUUCUCAGGGUUGUCACUGUUGCCACUGUUGUGGCUCUUGUCACUGCUGUGACUGUUCUCACUUUUUUCACCAUUGUCAUCGUUGUCCCUGUUGUCACUAUUGUCACCGUUGUCUCGGUUGUCACUGUUGUCACCGUUGUCGCUGUUGUCACCGUUCUCGCUGUUGUCACUUUUGUCGUUGUUGUCACUGUUGUCACCAUUGUCACUGUUGUCACCGUUGUCACCGUUGUCACUGGUGUCACUGCUCUCACUGUUGUCACUAUUGUCACCGUUGUCACCAUUCUUGCAAUUGUCACUGUUGUCACUGCUCUCACUGUUGUCACUAUUGUCACCGUUGUCACCAUUCUCGCAAUUGUCACUGUUGUCACCGUUUUCGCUGUUGUUACUGUUGUCAUUGUUGUCACCGUUUUCACCGUUGUCACUGUUGUGGCUGUUGUCACUGCUGUCACCGUUGUCACUGUGGUCAUCAUUGUCAGUGUUGUUUCCGUUGUCACUGUUGUCCCCGUUGUCGCUGUUUUCACCGUUCUUGCUGUUGUCACUUUUGUCGUUGUUGUCACUGUUGUCACCAUUGUCACCGUUGUCACUGUUGUCACUGUUUUCACUGCUGUGACUGUUGUCGCUUUUGGCACCGUUGUCACCGUUGUCGCUCUUGUCGCCGUUGCCGCUCUUGUCUCUCUUGUCGGUGUUGUCACUUUUUUCACUGUUCUCACUGUUGUCGCUGUCCUUUCUGGUGUCACUGUUCUCACUGUUGUCAAUGUUGUUACUGUUGUCACUGGUGUCACUGCUACCACUGCUGUUACUUUUGUCGCUGUGGUCACCGUUGUCACUGUUGUCGCCAUUGUCACUGUUGAUGCUGUUGUUCCUGUAGUCGCUGUUGUCACCGUUUUCACUGUUGUCGCUGUUGUUACCGUUUUCACCGUUGUCGCUGUUGUGAUUGUUGUCGCCGUUGUCUCUCUUGUCACUGUUGUCAGUGUUGUCGAUGUUGUCACUGUUUUCACUGUUGUUGUUGUUGUCACUGUUAUCGCUGUUGUCACUGUUGUCGCCGUUGUCGCUGUUCUCACCUUUGUCACUGUUGUCACUGUUGUGGCUGUUGUCACUGCUGUCGCUGUUGUCACUGUUGUCGCUGUUGUCGCUGUUGUCACUGUUGUCGCUGUUGUCACUGUUGUUGCUGUUGUCACCGUUGUCACUGUUGUCACCGUUCUCACUGUUGUCAGUGUUUUCGCUGUUGUCCCUGUUGUCGCUGAUGUCGCUGUUGUCACUGUUGUCGCCGUUGUCCUUGUUGUCGGUGUUGUCACCGUUGUCGCUGUUGGCAUCAUUCUCACUGUUGUCACUCUUGUCGGUGUUGUCACUGUUGUCACUUUUGUCGCUGUUUUUCCUGUUGUCGCCGUUGUCGCUGUUUUCCCUGUUGUCGCCGUUGUCGCAGUUGUCACCGUUGUCACUGUUGUCACGUUUGUUACUGUUGUCACUGUAGUCAAUGUUGUUACCGUUGUCACCGUUGUUGCUGUUUUCACUGUUGUCUGCGUUGUCACUGUUUUCACCGUUUUCGCUGUUGUUAGAGCUGUCGCUGUUGCCACCGUUGUCACUGUUGUGGCUGUUGUCACUGCUGUCACUGUUGUCACCGUUUUCACCGUUGUCACUAUUGUCACUGUUGUCACUGUUGUCGCUGGUUUCACCGUUGCACUGGUGUCACUGUUGUCACUGUCGUCACCGUUUUCAACGUUGUCACUGUUGUCACUUUUGUCUUUUUUUUCUCCGUUGUCACCGUUGUCGCUGUUGUCUCUCUUGUCGGUGUUGUCACUUUUGUCACUGUUGUCACUGUUGUCGCUGUUCUCACCGUUGUCACCACUUUUUAUCGCUGUGGUCACCGUUGUCAGCGUUGUCACUGUUGUCGCCGUUGUCACUGUUGUUGCUGUUGUUCCUCUAGUCGUUGUUGUCAUCGUUGUCACUGUUUUCUCUAUUUCUACUGUUGUCGCUGUUGUUACCCUUUUCACCGUCGUCGCUGUUGUGAUUGUUGUCGCCGUUGUCUAUCUUGUCACUGUUGUCAGUGUUGUCGUUUUUCUCACUGUUUUUACUGUUGUUGCUGUUGUCACUGUUCUCGCUGUGUCACUGUUAUCGCUGCUUUUAUUGUUGUCACUGUUGUGACUGUUGUCACUGUUGUCAUCUUUCUUACUGUUGUCACUGUUGGGGCUGUUGUCACUGUUGUCUCUGUUGUCGCUGUUGUCACCGUUGUGACCGCUGUCACUUCUGUCAUUGUUGUCACCAUUUUCACUGGUGUCAACGUUGUCACUAUUGUCGCCCUUGUCAACGUUGUCAUUGUUGUCACUGUUGUCGCUCUUGUCACUGGUUUCACUGUUGUCACCAUUGUCACCGUUGUCGUUGUUGUUACUUCUGUCACUAUUGUCACUGUUGUUACUGUUGUCACUGAUGUCACUGCUGUCGCUGUUGUCACUGUUGUCACUGUAGUCACGGUUAUCACCGUUGACGCUGUUGUCACCUUUGUCACCAUUGUCAUCGUUGUCACUGUUGUGGCUGUUGUCAGUGUUGACGCUGUUGUCACUGUUGUCACUAUUGUCACUGUUUUCACUAUUGUCACCGUUGUCACCUUUGUCGCUGUUCUCACUGUGGCCACAGUUGUCGCUUUUGUCACCGUUGUCACUGUUGUCGCUGUUGUCACUGUUGUCCCUUUUGUCCCUCUUAUCGCUGUUCUCACUUUUGUCACUGUUGUCGCUUUUGUCGCCGUUGUCACUGUUGUUACUGUUGUCGCCGUUGUCACCGUUGUCGCUGUUGUCACCGUUGUCACUGUUGUCAAUGUUCUCGCUGUUGUGACCAUUUUCACCGUUGUUGCUCUUCUCACUGUUUUUACUGUUGUUAAUGUUGUGACUGUUGUCACUUUUGUCGCUUUUUUCACUGUUGUCACCGUUGUCACUGUUGUCACUCUUGUCACUGUUGUCACUGCUUUCACUGUUGUCACUGUUGCCACUGCUGUCUUUUCUGUCACUGUUCUUGCUGUUGUCAUGGUUGUCACCAUUGUCGCUGUUGUCAUUGUUGUCGCUGUUGUCGCUGUUCUCACCAUUGUCACUAUUGUCACUGUUGUUGCUGUUCUCACUGUUGUUGCUGUUGUCACCGUUGUUACCAUUGUCACUCUUGUCACUGUUGUCACUGUUGUCACUGGUGUCACUGUUGUCACUCUUGUUGCGGUUGUCACUCUUGUUGCUGUUGUCACGGUGGUCACUGUUGUCACUUCAGUCACCGUUGUCACUGUUGUCGCUGUUGUGACGGUUGUCACGGUUGUUGCAGUGGUCACUCUUGUCCCUGUUGUCACUUUUAUCGCUGCUGUCACUGUUGUCACUGUUGUCACUGUUGCUUUUGUCGCCGUUUUCACCGUUGUCGCUCUUGUCACUGUUGUCACUCUUGUCACUGUGGUUGCUGUUGUGACCGUUGUUGCUGUUGUCACUGUUGUUACCGUUUUUAACGUUGUCACUCUUGUCACUCUUGUGUCUGUUGUCAUGUUGUCACCAUUGUCACUCUUGUCUCUGUUGUCACUGUUGUCACGGUUGUCACCGUUCUCACUCUUGUCACGGUUAUCACCGUUGUCGCUGUUGUCACUUUUGUCGGUGUUGUCAAUGUUGUCACCGUUGUCACUUUUGUCACUGUGUUCACUAUUGUCACUGUUGUUACCAUUGUCACUGUUGUGGCUGUUGUCACCAUUGUCACUGUUGUUGUUGUUGUCACCGUUGUCACUGUUGUCACUGUUGUCGCUGUUGUGUUGGUUGUGACAGUUGUUGCAUUUGUCACUCUUGUUCCUAUUGUCACCCUUGUCACCCUUGUCUGCUGUCACUGUUUUCACUGUUGUCGCUGUUGUCGCCGUUGUCACUGUUGUCGCCGUUGUCACCGUUGUCACUCUUUUCACUGUUGUCACUCUUGCCACUUUUGUCGCUGUUGUGACCCUUUUCACCGUUGUUGCUGUUGUCACUGUUGUCACCGUUGUCACUGUUGUCACCGUUGUCACUGUUGUCACUGUUGUCGCUCUUGUCAGUGCUGUCACUGUUGUCACGGUUGUUGCUGUUUUCACCAUUGUCACCGAUGUUGCCCGUUCUCACCGUUGUCGCUGUUGUAAGUGUUGUCACUGUUGUCACUGUUGCCACCGUUGUCACCGUGGUCGCUGUGCUCGCUGUUGUCACAAUUGUCCCCUGUGUCACUAUUACCGCUGUUGUCACCAUUGUUGCUGUUGUCACUGUUGUCACCGUUUUUACUGUUUUCACUACUGUCACUAUUGUGACUGUUGUCGCUUUUGUCACCGUUGUCGCGGUUGUCGCUGUUGUCAGUGUUGUCACUGUUGUCGCUGUUGUCACUUUUGUCACUGUUCUUGCUGUUGUGACUGUUGUUGCUGUUGUCAUUAUUGUCACUGUUGUCGCUGUUGUCACUCAUUGCUGUAUUCACUGUUGUCACUGUUUUGUCUGUUUUGACUGUUGUUGCUGUUGUGACCGUUGUCUCUGUUGUUACUGUUGCCACCGUUUGCACUGUUGUCGCUGUUGUCACUGUUGUCACCGUUGUCGCUGUUGUCACUGUUCUCACCGUUGUCACCAUUGUCACUCUUCUUACUCUACUGUUGUCGCGGUUGUCACCAUUGUCGCUGUUGUCACUCUUGUCGCUGUUGUCGCUUUUCUCACCAUUGUCACUGUUGUUACUGUUGUCGCUGUUGUCAUUGUUGUUGCCGUUGUCACCGUUGUUACCAUUGUCACCCUUGUCACUGCUGUCACUGUUGUCACUGGUGUCACUGUUGUCACUCUUGUUGCUGUUGUCACCGUUGUCACUGAGGUCACUGUUGUCACUUUUGUCACCGUUUUCACUGUUGUCGCUGUUGUGACGGUUGUCAUUGUUGUUGCAGUGGUCACUCCUUUCCCUGUUGUCACUUUUAUCGCUGCUUUCACUGUUGUCACUGUUACUGUUGUCGUCGUUGUCACUGUUGUCGCUGUUGUCACUGUUGUCGCUGUUGUCAGUGUUGUCACUGUUGUCGCCAUUUUCACUGUUGUCGCUCUUGUCACUGUUGUCACUCUUGUCACUGUGGUUGCUGUUGUGACCGUUGUCACCGUUGUUGCUGUUGUCACUGUUGUUACCGUUUUUAACGUUGUCACUCUUGUCACUCUUGUGUCUGUUGUCACUGUUGUCACCAUUGUCACUCUUGUCUCUGUUGUCACUGUUGUCACCGUUGUCACCGUUCUCACUGUUGUCUCGGUUAUCACCGUUGUCACCAUUGUUACCGUUGUCGCUGUUGUCACUGUUGUCGGUGUUGUCAAUGUUGUCACUGUUGUCACUAUUGUCACUGUUGUUACCAUUGUCACUGUUGUGGCUGUUGUCACCAUUGUCACUGUUGUUGUUGUUGUCACCGUUGUCACUGUUGUCAGUGUUGUCGCUGUUGUGUUGGUUGUGACGGUUUUUGCAGUUGUCACUCUUUUUGCUAUUGUCACCCUUGUCGGUGUUGUCACUGCUGUCACUGUUUUCAGUGUUUUCGCUGUUGUGGCCGUUGUCGCUGUUGUCGCCGUUGUCACCGUUGUCACUCUUUUCACUGUUGUCACUCUUGCCACUUUUGUCGCUGUUGUGACCCUUUUCACCGUUGUUGCUGUUGUCACUGUUGUCACCGUUGUCACUGUUGUCACCGUUGUCACUGUUGUCACUGUUGUCGCUCUUGUCAGUGCUGUCACUGUUGUCACGGUUGUUGCUGUUUUCACCAUUGUCACCGAUGUUGCCCGUUCUCACCGUUGUCGCUGUUGUAAGUGUUGUCACUGUUGUCACUGUUGCCACCGUUGUCACCGUGGUCGCUGUGCUUGCUGUUGUCACCAUUGUCACCGGUGUCACUAUUGCCGCUGUUGUCACCAUUGUUGCUGUUGUCACUGUUGUCACCGUUUUGACUGUUUUCACUACUGUCACUGUUGUCGCUUUUGUCACCGUUGUCGCGGUUGUCGCUGUUGUCACUGUUGUCACUGUUGUUGCUUUUGUCACUGUUUUCACUGUUGUCACUGUUGUCUCUGUUGUCACUGUUGUCACUGUUCUUGCUGUUGUGACUGUUGUUGCUGUUGUCAUUAUUGUCACUGUUGUCGCUGUUGUCACUCAUUGCUGUUGUCAAUGUUGUCACUCUUUUGUCUGUUUUGACUGUUGUUGCUGUUGUGACCGUUGUCUCUGUUGUUACUGUUGCCACCGUUUGCACUGUUGUCGCUGUUGUCACUGUUGUCACCGUUGUCGCUGUUGUCACUGUUCUCACCGUUGUCACCAUUGUCACUCUUCUUACUCUACUGUUGUCGCGGUUGUCACCGUUGUCGCCGUUGUUACCGUUGUCGCUGUUUUCACUGUUGUCACCAUUGUCACCGUUGUCACUUUUGUCGCUGUUGUAACCGUUGUUACCUUUCUCGGUGUUGUCCCUGUUGUCACUGUUACCACUGUUCUUGCUGUUGUGACUGUUGCCGCUGUUGUGACUGUUGUCACUGCUGUUGCUGUUGUCACUGUUGUCGCUGUUCUCACCGUCGUCACCAUUUCACUUUUGUUGCUGUUGUCGCUGUUGUCACUGUUGUCACUGAUGUCCUUUUUGUCACUGUCGUGGCAGUUGUCUCUGUUGUCGCCGUUGUGACGGUUGUCACUGUUGUAGCUGUUGUGACUCUUCUCGCUUUUGUCGCUGUUUUCGCUGUUUUCAUUGUUGUUACUGUUGUGACUGUUGUCGCUGUUGUCACCGUUGUCGGUGUUUUCACUGUUGUAGUUGUUGUGACUGUUGCCGCUGUUGUCACCAUUGUCAUUCUUGUCACUUUUGUCUCUGUGUUCACGGUUGUCACUUUUUGCCUUUCUCACUGUUGUCGCUGUUGUCAGUGUCUCGCUGUUGUCACGAUUGUGGCUGUUGUCACUUUUGUCACUGUUGUCACUUGGUGCUGUUUUCACUGUUGUCACUGUUCUCGCUGUUGUCACUGUUGUCGCUGUUGUCGCAUUUGUCACUGUUCUAGCUGUUGUCGCUGUUGUCUCUUUUUUCUCUGUUGUCGCUGUUGUCACCGUUGUCGCUGUUGUCAGUGCUGUUAGUGUUCCCACUUUUGUCACUGUUUUCACUGAUGUCACUGUUUUCACCGUUGUCGCCAUUGUGACCGUUGUCACUGUUGUAACUGUUGUGUUUGUUGUCGCUGUUUUCACCGUUGUCGCUCUUCUCGCUUUUUUCACCGUUGUCACUGUUGUCGCUUUUGUCACUGUUUUCGCUGUUGUCGCUGUUGUGAGUGUUGUCGCUGUUGUGAGUGUUGUCGCUGUUCUUACCAUUGUCGCUGUUGUCAUUGUUGUAGCUGUUGUGACUGUUGUCGCUUUUGUCACCGUUGUCGCUCCUGUCACUUUUUGUCGCUUUUUCACUACUUUCGCUAUUUUGACUGUUGUCGCUGUUGUGACGGUUGUCGCCGUUGUCACUGUUGUCGCUGUUGUCACUGUUGUCGCUGUGUUAGCUCUUGUUUCUUUUGUCACUGUUUUUGCUGUUUUCGCUGUUGUCACUGUUGUCGCUAUUGUCGCUGUUGCCACUUGUUGCUGUUGUCACUGUUGUCGCCGUUGUCACUGUUAUCGCUGUUGUCACUGUUGUUACUGUUGUCACUGUUGUCAUUGUUGUCACUUGUUGCUCUUUUCAGUGUUGUCACUGUUGUCGCUGUUGUUACCGUUGUCACUGUUGUUGCUGUUGUCACUGUGGUGGUUUUAUUCACUGUUGUUGCUGUUGUCUCUGUUGUCGCUGUUUUCACAGUUGUCGCUGUUGUUACUGUGGUUGCUGUUGUGGCUGUUGUCACAGUUGUCACUUUUGUCACUUUUGUCGCUGUUGUCCACUUUGUCACUGUUGUCGCUGUUGUCACUGUUUUCACUGUUGACACUGUUGUUGCUGUUGUCACUGUUGCGGUUUUUUUCACUGUUGUUGCUGUUGUCUCUGUUUUCACUGUUGUCACUGUAUUCGCUGUUGUUACUGUGGUCGCUGUUGUGGCUGUUGUCACUGUUGUCGUUAUUGUCACUUUUGUCGCUGUUGUCACUGUUGUCUCUGUUGUCGCUGUUGUCACUGUUCUCACUGUUGACACUGUUGUCGCUGUUGUCACUGUUUUCGCUGUUGUGACUGUUGUCACCGUUCUUGCUGUUGUCACUGUUGGCACGUUUGGUCGCCGUUGUCGCUGGUUUCACUGUUGACACUGUUGUCACUUUUGUCGCUGUUGUGUCAAAUGAUCGAAGAAGCUGUUCCCGAAAAACGCAAAGAAUGCGAGGAAAUUUGAUUUGGCAGUUUUUACAUGUAAAGCCUUUUCUCUUCAACGUACAUUUGUCGAUGAAACCGGUGAAAACGUUUUUUGUCUACAAACGCAAAAUAAGUCCUUCGUUACUUUAUUUUAGCUGACAUGUUCAUAAAUAAGCCUACAACUGAGUUAAAUGGUUUUUGGUACGGCUCGGUAAAUUCCAUCACCACUAGCCACCUACGCUUCGGUGAAUAAUUGUUAUUAGGGCGUUUUUGAGCGAUGCACGCCAACCGGAAGUGGAUUUUUUUACAUUUUUGAGCGCUGGUUUCGCCCAAAUUUUCAGUCAAAUCGUCUCUAUAAAAGUAAAGAAGCUAAGCAAUACAAAUUUUAUAUCGUCUAGGCAUGUUAAGAGGGAAAAGGCCUCACUUCCGGUUGACGUCCGUCGCUCAAGAACGCAUUUUGCUUAAGCUCCCUAUUCACUUGCGUUACAACAGUCAUUCGUCAUGAAUUAGCUUAGCCUGCGAACCGCAGACGUAUUUCAGGUCGUCGCUUCUCUCCCUCCGAAGAGAAGCGACGACUGGAAAUACGUCUGCCGUUGGCGGGGUAGAGUUAGCUUUACACUUGCUUAUUUUACAGAUGGAUCAUUGAAGCAAUGAAACAGAGACUAGCAAGUAAAGGCCUCGGGGUAGGAAUGCUUUUUAAGCAUUAUAGAAAAGCAUUUAGGCCCCGUCGAUACGUGUCCGUUUUGGAUUAAAAUUGAGAGUUUUCCCUCCGUUUUGAAAGAAAUCCGCGUCCACACGUUGCGUUUUUCAAUUGGUUUUGCUCGUUCUCACGAAAUGCAAUAGUGGCUGAAAACGGUCCCAUCUUUGUUCGGGACAUGCGCAUGUAGUUGUAUCCAACACCGUGACGUAAUCGUUUUCAAAAACCUCCGUUUUGACCAUUUACACGCCAGUACAGGAAAACUGUGUUUUGAAAGGAUACGUUUUCGGUGACCGUUUUCACAGAAUACGUGUGGACGUCAGGACAAACCGGAGAAAAAAAUUCUCCGUUUUCAAAUAAAAGCGGACACGUGUGGACCCGGCCUUAUAAAUCCUCAACUUGUUUAUUUAUUAAAUUUUGAUCUUAAGCGCUAGUAGAUAUCAAGGGUCAGUGUCUAUGAAUUAAUAGUCAUAUGUUACAUCUGUUGCAAUUGAAUCCCGCAUUAGUCGGCCAAAUAAGGGGUCAUAAGAAUUUGGCCGCUCUAACUGGUAAGAGGUUGGCGUCAUUAAGAUCCGCUAACGGGAUAGGAUCACAUUUCCUGGCUGCUUUCCUUUCUAUCAAAUCUUCCAGGGUGCUUUUCUUGGUUUGCAACAUGUCGCUUGUUCGCAGAAUUUGCGUAAAAAAGGCAAAGGCUACACUGCGACACUACAAUGGUUAUUGAAAAUGUAAACCAUGUGACCUUUGAAGGUGGACCCUUUCUUGGGUUUCUCAAGAUCUCAGCAUUUUCGUUCGUCACUCGUCUGCCCUUUUAGAAAACACAAUUGAUCUGAGUUACCGUUUUAGCAAGGUGAUAUAUGAAUGUACACGUUGGGACUUUACUACGUGGCCGUUGGCCCAACGCUAAAGAGAGAGGUGGCGUAAACGGAGUUUUGCUUGUAAGAAAUUAUAUAGGCAUUUCAGAAAGCGGCCUUAUUGACAAGAUGGCCAUAUAGGGGCGGGGAGGGUGGGGGGUCCAUUGUACUAUGAUAGACUCUAGAGGCAAACGCUGAUGCCUGCUCACAGUAGUACCAAGAUAGAGGUUGGACUGUUUUUCUUUGUUGUGUAGUCGCUAUACGCUCAGUCACCAAGCGAUGUCAAGGCACUACUCAAGAUUGUUCUCACCUCGAAAGGAACGCACCAUGGACAGGACGUGGCCCCCAGGUAUUUUAAUUUGUAUCUCACUUUUGUUGUUAAUAGUUACCGUAUUGUAACGCAAAAUGAAAGUCGUAGGGCAACGCAAUAGUAAUCCUGACAUUUGCGAAGUUUGUGGUAAUUUUCCUUCCUCCGAAGAUUCCGAUAGACCUCUGUCUGCGCAAGGUUUAUUUACUUUAGCCCCUUGCAUACGCAUCCAGAUAUUUUUGAAAUCGGAUAUUUUUUCUCCGCUUUCAAAAAAAAAAAUACGCAUCGACACGUUGCGUAUUCGAAUCGUUUUGGCCCGUCCAUACGAAAACGCUAAAACAAUCGAAAUACGAUAGCAUUCCUUAAUGAGCAUGCGUCAUGCUAGAAGUGUAUGAUGUAUGACAUCAUCGCAUUCGAAAAACUCCGUUUUCGCCCGUCUACAGGUAAACAAGAAGCCAGCGUAUUCAGAAAUCUCCACUCCUGAAGAGCGUUUUUGAAAAGGCGCGUUUUCGGUGACCGUUUUCACUUGAUAGGUGUGAAUGAUAGGCCAAACUGGACGGAAAAAAUAUCCGUUUUCAAACAAAAACGGAUACGUGUGGACGAGGCCUUAGUUAAACGUCAAUGUUUUUAGUUUAGUGGCAAUUGUUAAAUAAAAGUGUUUCUGUUUUAGGAGCCCACUGCAGCACAGACAACUGGACGGUGCUGUCCAUAGAGUACCUUCUGGGUUUUACGACAAAGGUCAGUUUGGUUUCUUGUUUACGAACAUCCGAGGUCCAUCCUUCGACUAAAGAAAGAAAGAAAGAUUAAAGCGCAGUGGCGACACAAGAGCUAAGCUACCUCUAUUCAAAUUCGCUCACGUUGUCAAUCGCACUCAAGCCAUCGAGAAUGAGACACUGUCAAGCUCAUAGUUAGACAAAACAAGGAAAAUUCUCUGUUUUCAGUUGUCGUCUUGAAAUGUAAAUCAUGUUCCGCUGUAAUGGCGCAAAGGGAAGAGAAUAUAACGUAAUUAAGUAUGCAGUAGCAAAUGAUCUCGUUCCGUCGUGUUUAUCCCACGUAGGUAUUUCAAAUUAAGCUGAAUUACCACUUCUAUAAGCCAAUCAAAUUGCAGAAAUUUUUCAUGCAGUAGUAGUAUACUGUUUGAAACAACUUUUCGCCAAACUUCACUUUCCUUGCUUUAAACAUAUCUUUUUGUAAAGACCAGAAAACAUGAUCACGACAUAACGCGCAAGUUAUAGCCCUGUCACGUUUGUCACACACAAGCGUUUUGCCGUCCUCUUCUUCCUGCCGUCCUGUUGCGUAACCUCACUGUCAUUUCGCGUGAGCUACUUAGAAAAGUAACAGGGAUAUCCAUUGUUUUGUUUAUAGUGUGGGGUAUAUUGUCUAGAGCUCCUGAAGGAAUAAAAGUAUCUAAACAUAACAUCUUAUCGCAGGUAAGUCCUCCUUUAAAUUAACAAAGAGAUUUGAAAUUUCGUUUACGGUAAACGGCAAACGUCAGAUUCUAGUUGACGACUUCUCAAAAACAGAUAAGAACUGUCCGAACCAAUUCACUUGGAUGAAACUGGCAUGACGCGUCUUAUUUUUUUGUAGCUUAACGAAAAGUAAAAUGAACUGGGAAAGAAAACACCUGGUCAGCUGGUGGUACAAAGUGGCGUUUGCUGUUUGCCGUAAACGUGUUUCUUAAUCUCUUUAUUGUCUGUAGCAUAAGAGUUUAACUCACCUUCUCGCGAAGCUAGGUCCCCCUUUCUAGGAGGGUCUGGGGGCGACCUGACCCGCUUCCACUCUCCCUACCCUAAGCUUAUAUAGAAAAUUGAAAUCAUUAUACAUUUCUGGGAAACUGCCCACCUACCCCUCCCCUAAGCCAACAUUAACACUCACUUCUCACUUAAGGCAAAAUGUUGGCUUAGGGGAAGGGUGAGUGGUCAGUUUCCCGAUGUUUUCAUUGGCCAGUGCUCACCUCCUCGCGUUUAUAGACCUCUUCAGCUUGUAUGUUUUGUUUUCCCAAUAGACGUCCUGGGGAACUUGACCCUUUGUCUUUUCAGAAAUUAUGCUUAAAUAUGCACGUGAAUAAGACAAAAUUUGAAUGAAACAGUUCUCUAGAGUAUUAUCACAUUAUAUAUUACUUUAUUGAGAAAACAAAACAUAAAAGCCAAAGAAGUCUAUUGGAUAGUGUUUUACAGGCAUUUUCAAUAGAAAAUGAACAGGACAAUGUAACAACGACAACAACUUUAUGAAGCCUUAAAGAAAUACAUGUACACAUUCACACUGCCUGCAGUUAGUAACAGCUAUUCGAGGCAAUGUACAGUCAAGCCUCUGCUAAUAGACACAAACCGUUCCACCGCGAUCAUAUGAGGUGUUUUUUGUUUCAUCUGGUAUGAUUUGACUCCCUGUUAAAUGCAAUAGCAAUAGCUUUGAUAAGUUUCUGUCGUUUGUAUCCUGCUUACACUAACAAUAACCAAACGCGCGGUGGCUUGGGUCGGGUCUGUGCAACCGGGAUAUACCGUUCCAUUGGGAAAGUGGAAUUUCCGAAUUUUAAACCGGAAUUUUUGUUGAAUGGAAAGCGCCCGUCAUAGCGACGUACAAGCUUGUUUUAAUCCCUUAAAAGUAAGUGACGUGAUACCGGAGGAGAUUCGCAUGUUUUGCGUACUUUUUGUUGACAGCUUCCUACCUUAUCGGAUAUGACACAUCGUGAAAGGAACUUUCAGCUAAAAGUAGAAGAGUUGCUUAGUGAUAUUUCGAACCCGGAGUACAGACAGACAGUGGUGGAGGUAAGUACUUGAUUAAAGAACUUUAUUAUAAUAACCAAUGAAUACCAAAUACCACUUGAGCUUUCGUGCGGAAACAUGAUAUCUUCACACGUGAAAAGAUUACUGUUGCUAUGAGUACACGACAAUUGCGCUUUUCGCAGGUUAGGUAUUUCAUGGCUGUUUACGUAAUAAAUAGAUCAUGAUAUGAACUUGUUCAUGACAUGGUCGUUUGGUGAUACGAAAAUUCGAAAUAUUUUUCAACGCUCGAAGAGAAAUUCCAUAUCUCCUCGCGACCAUAUAGCACUCUGUUUUUCCAACUCAGAAAACUGUAUCUUAACAUUUCUUCACGACAGUGCCAAGCACGCAUUCUCCGUUCUAGGACGACCUAUCACUGAGGAAACAACACCAAUUUUCGGGAAAAUACUCGCGAGUUUGAAACGUUGCCUACUCAAAUGUAGAACAAACUACCCUUAUUUCGCAGUUCUUGGACUCUUCAACCGAAGCGUUUCUUUUGCAGGUUAUUUUAGGGUAGUAUUCAUUAAGACAAUCAGACGAAUCAAAGUCCAGUUCAGUUCAUUGCCAACUUGUAAGCGAAAUUGUAUCAUUUCAUCGAGAAUUAGUCUCCAAGCGCCGUGGGUCUAAGCAUGUUAUUGAAAGCUUACUUAUGAUGACACUACCAAGAUCUUGUUACUUUUUGCUUGUUAGCUGUUGGUCGUACUUGCAACGAUUCUUGAAAGAAACCCAGAAGUGGAGCUAAGUCAGUGUAUUGAUCUUGACGAGGUAUGAUAAUCCAACAACACGCAACACUCACACGAAAAUUACAAGAACUUUCGACUCAACUUUUAACGCAUACAAGUAAAUAACUGAUUAAUUUGAAAUGCGACAACCUUUACUGAAAAUGUAACAGGAAAAAAAUGACUUAAAGAUGUGACACAAUUAUUGAUCACCCCGUAGUUUAAACUGUGGCCCACAACACAAAUAAAACAUAACAGGUAAAACUUGCAUUUGACGGGGGCCAAACCAGUCUGCUACACAGCGGGUUUUAGUGUCGUCACGCAACGCUUCUUCCCACUAGUGGGGAGGAGCGUUGCGUGACGACACUAAAAACCGCUCUGUAGCAGACUAGGACCAAACCAGCUGACAAUUUACAAAAAUGCCAGGGUAGUUGAAAUCGGGAAUACUGAGAAGAAUUCCAGCUUGUUGUCAGGGAGGGACUUAAACUGGAGACCUCCGGAUUGCAAGUUCAACACUCUAACCACUCGGCCACGCUGCAACCUUCAGGGUUUUUUAACAUGCAACGUAACAAUCCAAUGUUUAAGUUACAUGUCUCGUUUUAAGGUGUUACAUUUCCCACCAAUGUUACGUUGCGUCGAUUGUUACAUUUUUGCAGCGUAUCAAGAUGUUUUGGGACAUUUUCUUGGAAGAGACAGUUUUCUCAUCCUUACAGUUCCAACACUGCUUUUAUUUUCCUUUUAUUUUCACAGCUUGUGGACGAAGCCAUCGAACUUUUCAGUUUCGAUGUCGGGCCAGGUGACAAUCAGGUGAGGUCUCUUGUCGAGGAUGCAAUUUCCAUUUUCGUUAACGCUCAAUGUCGUUUCAAGACAAUCAUGUUACUGCACGUUUUCAAUAUUUAAAAGAAGUUCUAGCCUGUGUACAUCCGCCCCCUCCCCUCCCCUCCCCUCAAAAAAACAGGCUAAAGAAAAGACCCAUGAUCGAUCUCGAGCCCGUUUGCUGCUAACUGUUACACUUUGAUGGCGAUAAUUUUUCAUUUUAAAUUAUUGCUGAUGGUUGUUUUCUUAUUAUACAUUUCAUUCGUAACCUUGACACUUUUUCUCUGAACAUAUGAGCAUAUUUGAACAUAUUUUAGUUGCCUGGGAGCCAGUCGGCUUACAGUGUGAUUUUAUGAAAGACGAUAAUUUUACCAUAAUCAUAAUCAUAAUCAAUCAUAAUCGUCUUCUACACUUACACGUCAUCCCUCAGGGCUUUAUUAACAUUAAUGGCAUCGACUGUUUACCAACUAAAUAUAAACGUCAUAGGUUCAUUUCAAUUAUUCAUUUUUUGUGAUAACAUUGAUUAUGAUUAUGAUCAUAAUUAUAAUUUUCCAUACUAACACAAAGCCAUUUUCUGUGUAGAGUGUAAGGGACCAGUUUUACAACACACCCUGCGAAGGCAAAGGAGGUACCACUACGUACAUGGCGAGAGCUGUUGUCAACAAGCUCCUAAGCGGGGGCGCAUGUGUUUCAUCGAACUGUUGCAUGAGCUGAAAAAAUGUCCUUGUUAUAGCCUCUUUGAAAAUGGAUUUGCACCACAGAAUAAAUCAAUUCGUAAAUGGGCAAGCCUUAGGCUUUCUGUUUAGCAUCGUUACUGGUUGAUGGGGCUUUGUUGGUAUAUAUACAUAUAUUUUUAAAGGAAUAACCUGUUUGGCAAUUUGAAUUCAAAAGACACUUGGUUGGUUUGAGACCAUAUUUUGAAGCCAUGGAGUCUUGCACUCUAUUGUUUUAAGCUUACUGAAUGCAUGCCCACAUAGGGGAAAUAUUCUUUAAGAAGGCAAGCUGUUUCGCAGCAAGCUACAAUAGUUCAUUUGCCACUUAGGACCGAUAAGGGAACUGGGUCCAGUUAACUUCUGCAAAGACUUCUGGGAUUGUUACUAGGCACAGGGAAAAAAAAUUGACCAAUAGCUGACCGGCGCGUCCACCAUAACGAUCCCAGAAGCAAUUGCGGGACGCAUUUCGGCAACUAGGUUUUAAUAAUGUAAUGACUACGAAUGCAACUUUGGAAAAAGAAAACUUUAGUUUAAUACAAAAUGGUGUGAGAUGUAAAAUUUUUAAUGGGAAAUAAAGGAGG